AUGGCUUGUGAGGAGAGUUUUGUAGUGUUGGUUCACCACAAAGGAUCGAUUAAGAGAAAAACUCGUUCCGGUGUGAAGUUCACUGAUAAGGAUCCUCUCUGUAUUAUUGUGAGGCCUACGACGAGCUAUGAUGACCUUGUUAGCUCUGUACUGCUGAAACUUGGUCUGGAAGGUGUGAAACAGGUUAAGAAAUUUUUCUAUCGCAUUCCAAUCACUGUGCUCCAAGAAACUGUGAAGUAUGAUUGUUUCACGAUUGAGAGUGAUGAGGACUUGCAGGUCAAGUUUUAUUGUCGCCGGCAGUUUCCCGAAGUAAGGACACCAGAGUUAUUGGCAAAGCUGGUUGAUGUGUGUGCUGCACCGGCUGGGGUUGGAGAUGGAUUGUUGGAUGAUCUAGAGGACGAUGAUGUCGAGCCGGAUAUGAUUGCUGAUGACAGUGGCGAUGAUAUUGGAGCGAGUGAGCCUGCAGGGGCGGGAGGUGGUUCUAGCUCUGCCACACAGCAGUACUCUCCACAUUUUUCGUCGUUGGACCUGGAUGCCAUGAGGCAGGAGGGGGUUCCUGGGCAGCUGGCCGAAUUUGGCGCUAGAGAUGCGGAAGGGUCUGCUGGUCUGACAGAGUUCCAGGUUGGUCAACAAUUUCAGGAUAAAGAUGAGGCUCUGUUAAGUGUGAAGACUUACAGUAUCCAUCGACGGGUACAGUACAAGGUAGUGGAGUAUGACUAUCGCCGGUAUUUGGGCAAGUGUUCUGAGUUUGGGAAUGGGUGCACAUGGUUGAUUCGGUUGAGUCUCCGGCAGCGCAAGGGCAUUUGGGAGGUCAAACGGUACAAUGGACCGCAUACGUGUCUAGCCACCUCCAUCUCCAGCGACCACAUGAGUUUGGAUUAUCAUGUGAUAUCGGUAUUCAUUAUGCUAAUGGUUAGGGCUGAUGCAUCCGUCAGCAUCAAGGUGCUCCUAAAUGCCACGGCCGCACACUUUGGGUUUAGGCCGACGUACAGGAGGGUUUGGUUGGCGAAGUAG